AGUCGUUAGGGGGUUUGCGGGCAGAUAGUAUUGUGCCUAGAGUUCCGCCACUUUUUGCCAUGGCUCACAAGGAUAUCUACUACUCCGAUAAGUACUUUGAUGAGCAAUACGAGUACCGGCAUGUAAUGCUACCAAGAGAACUCUUGAAACGAAUGCCAAAAGCUCAUCUUCUGUCUGAAGAGGAAUGGAGAAGCCUUGGUGUUCAGCAAAGUCUUGGAUGGGUUCAUUAUAUGAUCCAUGAACCAGAGCCACACAUUCUUCUCUUUAGAAGACCUCUUCCAAAAGAUGAUCAGAAAUGAACUACUGUCUAGAAAUAUUCUUAAUCUUCUGGAACUUUGUGUAUGCAUGUAUAUAUGUUGGUAGUAUUCAGUGAAUACUUUAUGUACAAAACAUACAACUGUACCUGUGCAUGAGCUGUAUUAUUCACAGCAACAAAGCUCAGUCAAAUGCAAUUUCUAGUAGGCUGCUAUUCUUUCAAAGAGAAGUGGAACUUCUAAUAGUUCCUCUUAGUCUGAAAUGAGUUCUCUAAUAAAGUUUACUAUUGUG